CUCGCGGCCUAUCUGUUCACACAGCUUUGCGUGUAUGUGUUCUCGGCAUCGGCUUUUUUUCUCGACGUAAAGAUCGAAAAUAUCUUAAAUCAAAAUGUUGAUGCCAAAGCAGAACAGGACUGCCAUUUAUGAAAUGCUUUUCAAAGAGGGAGUCAUGGUGGCCAAGAAAGAUGUCCACCUGCCAAGCCACCCAGAAUUGGAAGGCAUUCCCAAUUUGCAUGUUAUCAAAGCUAUGCAGUCUAUGAAGUCCCGUGGAUAUGUAAAAGAACAGUUUGCGUGGAGACAUUACUACUGGUGCCUCACUAAUGAUGGUAUUGAGUACUUGCGAGGUUUUCUGCAUUUACCACCAGAAAUUGUGCCUGCCACAUUAAAAAGAAAGACAGCCCCAGAAGGUGCUCGUAUGGGCAAACCUCCCAUGGGACCAAGAGGAGAUUCCUCCAGAACAGCAGAAGAUCGCAGUGUUUAUAGGAGAGGACCUGGAGUUGGAGGUGAUAAGAAAAUUGAUGUUGGUGCUGGUGCUGGCAAUUUGGAAUUUAUGGGAGGUUUUGGCAGAGGCAAAGCUCCACAAUAAAUUUAACUAUUGCAACGUAAUGAAAAUCUGCGUUAAUCAUAAUUUUAUUUGGAGAAGACCAACUCUUCAAUG